ACUUCAAAAUCUCGUGACAUGUCAUGUAGAGAGUGAACGGUCUACAGCCUCUGCUCCUUGUUUCGGCACUCCGGUCUGUCAUUAGCGUUUUCUUCCUUUAUAUCACCGCUUUUUUUUAAGCGAUCAAAGGGUUCUUUGGAGUGAACUGCGCCGUCUGACAUGGAGGAGCUUCAAGCUAAACAUCGGAAAGAGCUUCGCGAUCUUCAGGCACUGGUGACGCAGAAGAAAAAGUCUGCGUCGAAGAAAACGAGAAAAGGGAUUAACGAUGAAUGCGCACGACUGGAAGCAGAGUUGAAGGAACGACAAGAGCGGGAAAUGGCCGAGUUGACCGGCGAGGUUCCAGUUCAGUUGCCGGAGGAGGAGCCUAUACCAGAGUCGACAGCUGAGCCUGCGACACAGAAUCACGCCUCUUCGACGGAUAAAUUAGCGAACGGAAUAUCGUCGCUAUCUGUGAGAGAUGAGGCGCAAAACACGCAAGCGCCCGGCAAGAAGCGGAACCGGCAGAAGGAGCGUUUGGCGCGGCGAGCAGCAGAGCGAGAGGAGGAAGCCGCGAAAGCGGAGGAGGAGGCAAGCAGCAUGCCUGAUCUGCGAGCAAAGGAGCAGGAGACUAUGGAAGCUGCCAUAAAAGCGAAAGGUCUAAAGAUGAAGGAGAUUAGAGCGGAUGGACACUGCUUGUAUUCCGCUGUGGCGGAUCAGUUGGGCGAACGUCACAUCGGACUGUCACCAAGUAUCAGACCAGUGAUUGCAGAGGGCGAAGAACCGUACAGGACCGUGAGAAGGACAGCGGCAGAGUACAUCAAGAAGAAUAGAGCAGACUUUGAGCCGUUUCUUGACGAGCCGUUGGAGCAGUACGUUAGGAAGGUUGGAGAGACGAGCGAAUGGGGCGGACAGCUGGAACUGAUGGCUCUAGCGAAGGCAUAUGAUGUCGAUAUCUCAGUUUUGGACGGUAACGGAAGCGUACACGAGAUUGAAGGCACGCGAAAGAAUGGCGCAGAGAGGAGAUUGUGGCUUGCAUACUAUCGACACGGAUUUGGGCUAGGCGAACACUACAACAGCUUGCGGCAAGGCUGAACCAUGUCCUCAUGUAAACUCACCGUGGCUCUUUGUUCUGCGGACUAAGCAGCUUCCCGAUGCUUCCAAAGACUGACAUGAUCCGUCCCUUGGCCUACGGGAUGAGAGCGUUCUGCAUGCCAACGCGCGAUCCUUGUCAGACCGUUAGGGUUGGGAGGGCGUUCCUGUUUAAUCACGUAGCCAUUUUCGUCAUAUUCUGGCUCCUCGCCCGGGAAGGGCAGAAGCAUCUCGUACGUCUCUGCUCUCAUAGCCCAAGGUGGGCCACCCAAGGAGGCCUCCUUGUACAGGGGAAACUCUAGGCAGAUCAGCGUACCUCCGGGCGCAAGCAGCUCAGUCAUGCGUUUUGACCACGCCGGUCGCAGGUUCGGUGGCAUGGCGCAUAGAAACUGAGAUGAUUGUCGAAUCAGCCAGUCUUCAACAUCUGGCAGCUCGCCUGCAGAAAUAGAAGAAAAAACGUACCGUAUAGUCAUAAAUGACAUCGAACCCGCUGUUUCCGUCCAGAUGGCAAGACGUCUCCC